AUUUUCAUCAAGGAUUUAAUAAUAAUUAUAAAAAAAAAAAAAAAAAAGAGUAAAUAAUAAUUAUGCUGCUUCUUAUGAUUAUUUUACUUCAUUCAACAAGUGCAUUAUCACCUUUUGAUAUUAUAAAAAAUAUAUAUAAUUUUUAUACAGAAAAUCCACCAUUUCCUGAGGCAUUUCAAAAGGAUGAUCGUGCAAUUAAAAGAUCAUAUGAUUUUAUAAUUAUUGGAGCUGGUUCAGGUGGCUCAGUUGUGGCAAAUAGAUUAACUGAAAAUCCAAAUUGGAAUGUUCUUCUUCUUGAGGCAGGAAAAGAAGAAAUAUUUUUAACUGAUUUUCCUCUUCUUGCACCGGCAAUGCAUAUAACAGCAUAUAAUUGGGGCUAUAAAACAGAACCAAGACCAAAAAAUCAUGAUGGUACAGGUGGUUAUUGUUUGUCAAUGAUAAAUGGACGUUGUAAUUGGCCAAGAGGUAAAGCUGUUGGUGGUACAUCUGUUAUAAAUUUUAUGAUACACUCAAGAGGUUCUAAAAAUGAUUAUGACAAAUGGCAAGAUGAUGGUAAUAUUGGCUGGAGUUAUAAGGAUGUUUAUCCUUAUUUUAAAAAAUCAGAAAAAGCAUAUUUUCGUAAAAAAGAAAAAGGUAUAAAUGAUACAAUUUAUGGUAAAAAUGGAUAUUUAGAUGUUACAACAUCACCAUGGACAUCAAAGAUACGUAAUUAUUUUUUAAAAUCUGGUGAAGAAAUUGGUUAUUCUAUAAAAGAUUGUAAUGAAGAAAAUCCAAUUGGUUUUUGUCAGACAAAAGUUAAUUUACGUCUUGGUAGACGUGUUAGUGCAUCAAAAGCUUUUAUAAAACCAAUAAGACAUCGUAAUAAUUUUUAUUUAUCAAAAUAUUCAAGAGUAACAAAAAUAAUUAUUAAUCCAAUUACAAAAAUGGCAAUUGGUGUUGAAUUUUUAAAAAAUGGAAUAAUACAUUUUGUCAAAGCUAAAAAAGAAAUUAUUUUAAGUGCUGGAAGUUUAAAUUCACCACAAAUACUUAUGUUAAGUGGUAUUGGACCAAAAAAACAUCUUGAAAAUUUAGAUAUUAAUGUCAUUGAAGAUCUUCCUGUUGGUUAUAAUCUUCAGGAUCAUGUUAGUAUGUCAGCAUUGACAUUUCUUGUUAAUGACAGUGUUACAAUUGUCGAAGCAAGAAUUGCUAGUAAUUAUAAAAAUACACUUGAUUAUUUUUCAAAUGGUAGUGGUCCAUUUACAGUACCAGCUGGUGCUGAAGCACUUGCAUUUAUUAAUACAAAAAACUAUUUUAAUAAAUUUAAUAAUAAUGAUAAUGAGAUGAAUAAUUUAGUUGAUAAUGAUAGUAAUGAUAAUUUAGUUGAUAAUGAGAAGGAGGAGCCAGAUGUUGAAUUAGUUUUUGGAGUUGGUUCAAUGGCUGGUGAUUCUUCAGGUAGUAUUAGAAGUAUAUUUGGACUUUCUGAUGAUUGGUACAAGCAAGUUUUUCAUGGAUAUGAAGGAGAGGAUGCUUUUAGUAUUGUUCCAAUUUUACUUCAUCCAAAAAGUCGAGGAAGAGUUUCUCUAAGAAGUUCAAAUCCAUUUGAUUAUCCAAUAUUUGAAGCUAAUUAUUAUGAUGAUGAAGAGGAUCUUCAGACAAUAGUUCGUGGAAUUAAAAUGGCAAUUAAAGUGGCAUCAACAAAAGCAUUCAAAAGAUACAAUACAACAUUAUUACCAGUUAAAUUUCCUGGUUGUAAAAAUAUGUCAUUCAAUAGUGAUGAAUAUUGGUCAUGUGUUGCACGUCAAAUAUCAUCAACACUUGGACAUUUUGUUGGUACUUGUAAAAUGGGACCAAAAAAAUUUGGUGGUGUUGUUGAUGAACGUCUUAAAGUAUAUGGUAUUAAUAAAUUAAGAAUUGUUGAUGCCAGUAUUAUGCCAACAUUAGUAUCUGGUCACACAAAUUCACCAACUUAUAUGAUUGGUGAAAAAGCUAGUGAUAUGAUUAAACAAGACUGGUCAUAAAAUAUAUUUUUAUUUAGUUUUUUAUUAUUUAUUUGGCUUAUUAAUACUUGUAUGAUUUUUUUUUCAAUUGAUCAACAAAUAAAAUUUAGCAAUUUAUUUUAUUUUUUUUUUUAUUCUCUAAUGAUUUUUUUUUUUUUUUUUUUUGUUUAAAAAUAUUCAAGUGCAAUAUAGGUGUAUAUAGCGUAACGUUAUUUAAAACUGUACAAUUAUUAUAAUAUUUUAAUAUAUUUAAAAAAAAAAAAAAAAAAACAUUGAACACAGGUACGAUUAAGCUUCAUCUGGUAAAAUAAAUGAUAAAAUAAAAAUAUCAUUGCCAGAUGAAGAUGAUGACUCAUUAUGAUAUUUACGUGAGGUAAAUGAGCCAUAACAAUGCUAUUGUUGUUAAAUUCAAAACAUUGCUUGAUGGCCUCAAACCGUCUGGAAUAAACAAAGAGUCCAUUAUUAGUAUUUUUUCUUUCUUUUUAAAUUUAAUUUAUUAAUUUUUUUUUCUCACGAUUUUCGCUGUAUCGUAUGCAGUCAUCGCCUUUUUCGGUCAAUGUGUAAUCUUGUGAACAUGAACAAAUGCCUAAAACAUAUAAAAAUAAUAAUUAUUAUACAAAUAUUAUUUAAUAAUAUUUAAAUGAUUUAAUGGUAAUAUUUUACCAUUUAAACAGUCGACAUUUGCAACUUCAAUGUCUUUUAAUUCAAUUUCUGGACUUGUUGGUUUAACACACUGUGUUUUGACAUAACAUUUUUUACCCAACAUUUCUGGAUCUGGAUAUAGAAAAAUUUAAAAUAAAAAUUCAAGAAAAUUGAUUAAGUGUUAUUGUUAUUGUUUUGACUUACUGAGUUUACGUAGACAUAAUGGUCCACGUGGUUGUAAAUUAAUAAGGCAAGUACAUUUAUUUUCAUUACCACAUUUUGAAUUUUUUAAAAAUGCUGUACAUUGUGUAUCCUCAAUGCAUGGAUCACCCAUUGAGGCAGCAGCUUUUAAACAUCUUUUACCAUCUAUUGAUUGUACAUAAUCAAUUUUACAACCACAAGUACCAAAACAACGGGAAUUCAUAUCAAUGCAUUCUUCAUCGAUUAGACAUGUGUCACCCAAGUCUACAUGUUCAAGUAUAAAAAUAUAAAAAAAAAUAAAAAAACAUAUAUGGUUAUUGUAUUACAGCUGUGGUAUCAAAUUAAUUUAGCCAGUAUAUCAAAUUAUUUUAGGGGUUGUUUGAUAAAAAAAUAAAUGAUAGUUACAUGAACUUUUUAGGCAUCUUGUGCCUUGCUCAUUGGGGUGAUGUUGAAAUGGACAGCCACAAAAACCAUCAACACAAAAACUUGGAGAACCUUCAACUUGACAAUUGUAAGAAUUUGUACACAUUUUUCCAAUACCUUUUAAAAAAAAAAUAAUAUUAUUAUAAACACAUAAUAUUUGAUAUUUAAAAUAGAAAAUGAUUCAUCUAAAUUUCGAACAUGUUUCACAUUUGUUUUAUCUGAUUCUAGGUAUACAAAUUUAUUUCCAAUCAUAUUAUAUCACAAUCAUUUUAUUACUCAACAAUCCUUGGAAUAAAAAAAAAAUGAAUAAAUAAAU